AUGGACGCCGCUAGACACGUGGCGAAUUUGAACUCUUCUGUCGUCAACUCGACAGUACUCAAAAGUGAGUGUUCGGCAUCUUUCGUCUGAUCCUAAAUCCGUUUUUGCUCCGUUGACGCGUUGCGAUAGAAACGGCGCGAGAGUGGGCGAGAAUGAGAGGAGCAGACAAACGGACGGAGCAUUUCGGAAUGAGACACGCUCUAGACGGCACAUUAAUUAGUUUUACACAAUUUUGUUGGGUUUUGAUUUAAUUCGGUGGGACUCUGGGAGAAUUAGAAAUCCGAGAGCUUCGGAGAGACGGAGACAGAGACAGCGGAUAGAUAAAUGAGAGGAAACGGCAGAGAGAAUAUAAAUAAACAUGCGAUUCGCAUGAAUUAUUGGCGCAGCUUCUGUGUCUGGAAGUUGAGAUUUCUCUCCUCAAAGGCUGGUGUCCAAUAAAUUUCCGCCUCGAAAAUAACUGGUUUCUGACCGAGACUCUUCUCCAUUUCGCUCUUUAUUUCUCUUCCGUCUCUCUCGCUCCCUUCGACUCUCGCCACGUAUUCAGCUGUUCUAGCAAGCGUUUCAAAAACUAUAAUAAUUCAAAGUCGGCAACACAAACUAUUCUGAUGUUUUUGUUCGUUUGAUUCGGUCUCCAUCAAAGUCGUCCUAAUCUUUUUGCAUAUUCAAAACACACUGACUUUUUUCCUCUUUCCAUAAACUAGUUGCCAACAUGUUUCAUUCAAUGAAUGAAUCACUCUCGAUCAUAAAUUGUUGAAAUAGGUUUUAUGAAUUUAACUUUCAGACUCUUCCAUAGACAGACGCGCUAGCUCCUUGCUCCUUGCUCUUUCAAAUAUGAAUUUCCCGUAGAACAGAGAUCAACACCAAUAAUUGUUACGCAUGAAAGAAGCGCUGCAAGAAUUAAACGCACUAAAUUUAUCUUUUUGCUCCCGCAGCACCGCCCCGCCCAAAAGAUAAAAUGAGCUUUUUGGUAAUUACGUUGGAUUUAAGAGAGUCGGCACACUUCUAAACCACUCAGAGAGCUAAAAAGUUGACCUACUGCCUCGUUUUUUUCUGGGUUUGAAUUAAGGUUAGAUGGGUAUCGGGCGACCUAUCGAAAUUUGGAAUCUCUUCAGAAAUUAGGGUUAGCAGACGGACGGAUGGCGUGAUUCUAACUUCAAAUUUGAAUUGAUCUGAAAUUGACAGAAUACAUUUCUUAAUUUUAAAGCAUACCGUGAUGCUAUCAUGAUUUCUGACGGUUAUCAGUCGUCAAAUAGCCGUCUGUCUUGUACCGUGCUCACCGGUUAUCACUUUGUCUAGUUCGUAGUCUGUCCUUGCUCACGUUCUCUGCUCUAAUUCACAUGAAACGGCGAUCAUCAGCUGAGUAUGAUAAGGCUGAAAACAACAGAAGACAGUCGAAUCUUCUUCUGCCGACUGCGUUGUCUUGCUUACAAUGCGAGGUUCACGUGACGCAGACGCCUUCGCGUAUCUUCAUAUUUGACUUUGCCGUCUUUGUAAAAAUGGCGCCUUUUUGCUGUUUGGAUAGGCGAACAUUGAAAAAAGGAAAGUAAUAAAACGAUGGCAAGACGGACGGAACAUUCUCUCUUCCAUCAUCGGUUUUCUGAACUCUUUUCGUGCAUUUCCCCAGACGCAGACAGUCUCUCGGCCAUCCUGCUCCGCUAAUCCUUUCCGAACCCCUUUUCACUUUCAUUGCGUGCAAAAUGCAUUGAUUGCCUAUCAAAGCGGGCGCCUUCUUCUCAUUCCCUCUCUCUCUCUCUCUCUCUCUCUCCGUCCCUCUGCACUUUUAUCUGACUCCUGAAACAAGGAAUGUAAGUUUAGCAAGUGAUUAGCACUCAUUAAACAUUUUCCGAUUUGUCAGAACUUGACCCAAUUUACUAGUCUCUCUCAAUUAUUGAGAUCAAAUGUUCAACUUCAAAUGAAUUUCUCUACAUUUUCAGCCGUGGCGUCAUCAACAUCGUCGAUAAUCGGCGCGGCGGCAGCAGCAGCAGCCUCCGAGCAGCCAUCCUCAUCGUCGUCGUUCCUGCUGCUCGAGGUGCCGUUCCGCCAGUUGCUCCGGCUCCAGCCACCGCCCUCGUUCAUAGCCGGUACGCGGCGGAUGGCCGCCCACCUCGAUCUGACCACUUCGUUGGCUAUUGUCGGCUUCGUCUUCGUGUUUUGCCUCUAUCUCAUUCACAUCAUUGCACUUUGCUAUGCGUGAGUUCUUAUUGUGCUUUUUGUUUCUCUUCACGUCUUCAUUUCAGAAGGUAUCGGCUACAUCACCCAGUCACUCCGGACCCGUCCCUUCCCGGCGUUUCGGUCAUCAAACCGAUUGUAGGCACGGACAGUCAUCUCCAUGGAAACUUAGAGUCCUUCUUCACCACUCAAUACCACAAAUUCGAGCUGCUCUUCUGCUUCCACUCAUCUGAUGACGCCGCCGUCGAAGUGGUCAUGAAUCUGAUGCGGAAGUACCCGAACGUCGACGCCAAGAUGUUCUUCAGUAAGUCACUCGAAUCUCUGAAGCCCCAACCGAGAACUGUGAUGGCUUCCAGAAGGAGAGAACGUCGGUUUGAAUCCGAAGAUCAACAACAUGAUGCCGGCGUACCGGGCCGCUCGCUAUCCGCUUAUUCUCGUCAGCGACAGCGGCAUUUUCAUGCGACCGGACGGAAUCCUCGAUAUGGCGACGACGAUGAUGAGUCACGAGAAGAUGGCGUUGGUGACACAGACGCCCUACUGCAAAGAUCGGGACGGAUUCGACGCCGCAUUUGAGCAGGUGAGCAGAAUUUUGGUCGCUUUCAAGUAACCAUCCCAAUUGCAUUGCAGCUCUACUUCGGUACCUCGCACGGCCGAAUCUACCUGGCCGCCAACUGCAUGGACUUUGUCUGUUCCACCGGAAUGUCGUCGAUGAUGAAGAAAAAGGCUCUGGACGAGUGCGGAGGAAUUGCGAGCUUCGGAGGCUACCUCGCCGAGGAUUUCUUCUUCGGACGCGAACUCGCCAACCGUGGAUACAAGUCGGCCAUUUCCACCCAUCCGGCCCUUCAGAACUCCGCCCCUGUCCCGAUUUCGUCGUUCCUCGACAGGAUAUGCAGAUGGGUCAAACUUCGGAUCGCGAUGCUUCCGCAUAUAAUCGUCGUCGAGCCCCUCCAAGACUGCUUCCCUUCUGGACUCAUCAUGACGUUCAGUCUCAACUACUUGACCGGAUUCGACAUGAAGAUGACGUUGUUGCUGCACACGAUCUUCUGGAUUAGCAUGGAUUUCUCGUUAAUGACCAGCAUGCAGGUAGCCGUCAGCUACCGUACUCUCCCUUCAAUUUUCUUUGUUUUCAGAACGGAAAGCUCCGCUUCUCGCCGUUGCAGUUCGUGCUCAUCUGGCUGCUCCGCGAGCUCUCAGCUCCGCUCGUCUUUGUGAAAGCUCUGAUGGUGCCGACGAUCCGCUGGCGCAACAAUGUGUUCCAUCUGGCGUGGGGCGGCCGCAUCCUUCCCCCCAAAUGCUGAUUUCUCUCCUAUCAUAUCCUCCUCAUGAUCCCACCCAGUUUUUCUGUGAUCAACUCGUUCCCCCGCCGUCCACAUCAUCAGAAUCCACCACUUUUUCGGGUCUCGCUCAGUUAGCCUCAUUCUUUAUUUCAACCCUAAUCAUUUCACAUUUACGGGUGAUUUGAUAUCUGAAAAACCAAUCUUUACUUGAAGUGUUUUCAUUCAGACACAUAUUAUCAUGCACUUUUGUGAUAAUAAUUAAUGAGUUUAAAUGACUGAAGUUCAGUUCACUAAUAAAUUCGUUAAGUUUUUUGCCGAUGGUUUUUUUUUCAGAUAAGAUAUUCGGAUUCGGAGUUUCCAUCAUAUUGAUUAGAGUUAAGAAUUCGCAGACGAAAAGUGUGGCUUUUCAGAUGAUUUCAAGUAUUCUUCGGAGCAGAUUCGCACACAUUCCGACGCGAACAUUUUCAGCCAGAGUUUUCAGUCAAAAUGAGUACGAAGUGGCUGCCGAUCAGACGCUCGAAAGGUAUUGGAAGUGCGCUCUAACGAACACAUUUAUAACGAGCGCAUGUUCAGGUUAUCAGAUUACUUUGAUCAAAUCGCUGACAACUUUGCGGUCUCUGAACAAUUCGACGUUUCGCACGCGAUGGGAGUUCUGACCGUCGCCGUCUCGAAGACCGUCGGUACGAUUGUUGUCAAUGGAGCGCACUUCCAGAAUGAAACUUUUGUUCUCUAGGCACCUACGUCAUCAACAAGCAGUCCCCGAACAAACAGAUCUGGCUGUCCAGUCCGUUGUCCGGACCGAAGAGAUACGAUCUGCAGGAGGGAGGGAGGUCAGUGAGAGAUUCUGGAGAAUCGAAUCCGGUGUAAAUGUGAUAUCUUGAACUUCUUCUGAUUAAACGUGCAAAUCCCACCAGACCGAAAGUGAUCUCUUUGCUCAUUUGUGUGUAGCGCAAGGUUUCACGCGCGGGGAUAUAUCCAUGUGCAGACAGAAAGACACGACGAAAAAUGAGAUUAGAUGAGUAAUCACGCAGAAUGUCUCAUCUUCUUAGUGCAAGCGAUGGGCGGAGCUGGCAAAAAAGUGACCGAAAAAGUUGUUUCAGUUGGGCGUACUCGCACGACGGCGAACUGCUCGACGAGCUUCUGAAUCGUGAGUUCCGCAAGAUUCUCGCCGACGACCGAAUCGAUUUCUCGCGACAUGUCUAA